UGGCAAGUGUUGGGGGCGGCAGAUUGCUUCUCUUUCAUACUAUCAACAAUAAUGGAUCUCUAGCAUGCAUGGGCCAGGAGCCGCUGGCUGGGCCCACGUGACUCCCCCAGUCGCCACCAUCCACAACUUUGCGAAUUCAUCCCAGCAUCCUGACCCAUCACCAACGCCGUUCACCCACAACCCACAUCAUCUACAUCCCUGACACCGCCAAUCAAUAUAGGGAGUCUCUACUCACAAUCCGCAUAUUCUCGAUCUUGCUUAUAGUUUGCGACACUUCCUCGAGUUUCAAACUUCCAUUCAGGAUAACAUCCACAGCUGAUCAGCUUUCGGUCAUUUUCUCCUAGCCUUCCCUGGAUCACACUAUCCCGAUCGUUGUCGCGUAUGGGUUUCUUCCGUCAGAGCGCACAGAGAACCGGUUCUUGUCAGCAUAUAUUAUCAACGCAAGGAUCAGGACCUUGAUUCUACUUGGUGGACUGGCAAGACCUUUGAGACUUCCCUUUGACUUAUCUACUGCGAAGCCACAAGUUUCCCCUUUUUUCCUUUUUUCUGUAAUCAUCAGACUUGACCUUGUUCGUAUGCAGUGAAUGGUACACCUGCCAUCCAGCAAUCAUCAAGAAGAGUCUUUUGAGUUCAUGAGUUCGAGCAAUAUCGCCAAUAGACAUUGGGCUGUCGAUCUCCAAGAAUCUAUAAAGGAAGGUUUUCGAGUCGUUAAACUUGUCACCGGCGCUUUGCCAGCUUCUUAAGUAUCAAUCAUUAUUUCCAUUUCCUAUAUUGUCGCCUGUAUCCUUCUCCAUUGUCAAAGCGGUGCCCCUUAAAGAAUUCUUGAUCUAAUUACGUCCACAAACAUUUUCGUUGGCCGUGCAAUUGAAUACAAUGUCAUCCUCUGUUCACUUCAAGUUCAAGUCUCAGAAAGAACCCUCCAGGGUAACCUUUGAUGGCACCGGUAUCUCUGUCUUUGAAUUGAAACGCGAAAUCAUCAAUCAGAGUAGGCUCGGUGAUGGGACCGAUUUCGAGUUAUCUAUCUAUAACGAGGAUACUGGGGAAGGUGAGUCCUGUGAAUUGAGCAAUUAUCCAGCCUUUGUUUCGCCCUGCCUGCUCCUUACAAAAGAUUUUGGUUAUGGGUGGACUAGUAAACUAGAGCCCAUCACGGAGAGUAGGGGAAGGGAACAAACUGAAUGAAACAUGCAAAGCUGACCCAUCCUCACGGCCUUAGAGUACGAUGAUGAUACUACCAUCAUACCCCGUUCCACUUCCGUCAUCGCCCGGAGACUACCUGCCUCGCGGCCUGGGAAAGGUGGUGCUGCCCGUUAUGUAUCCGGGAAAAUGCCCGUCAAUGCGCGCAACGCUCCUCGUCAUGAUCAGACUUCGUCGACCCGGACAGCUUUAGGUUCUAGUAACACAGUCAGCAAUGGUGUUCAGGAACUUAAUAACGCUCAGACCGAAGAGGAGAAAAUCAAUGCGCUAUUCAAUCUGCAAGCCAAUCAAUGGAGGGAACAACAACAAGAGAUGGCGAAGUAAGUGUGCUCUGUUGGCGCCAAUGCAUAGGAAGCUAACACUGAUAUUUAGUGUCACGCCUGUCCCCUUCGGUCGAGGCCGAGGUAAACCAGUCAAUGUUCCCGAUCAUCCACCGCCACCCGGUUAUCUUUGUUAUCGAUGUCGUGAAAAAGGACAUUGGAUCCAAGCGUGUCCAACAAACAAUGACCCUAAGUUUGAUGGGAAGUACAGGGUCAAGAGAUCAACUGGUAUCCCUCGCUCCCUUCAAACCAAGGUCGAGAAGCCAGAGUCAAUCACCCUGGAUGGGUCUAGUGAAGACAUGAGAAAUACUGGCGUGAUGGUCAAUGCUGAUGGAGAUUUCGUUAUUGCAAAGCCGGACAAGGCAGCGUGGGAACUAUACCAAGAGAAGGCCAAAGCGUCCGCCGCCGCCGCCGCCGAAGCAGCAGCCGCAGAAUACAGCAAAGAGCUGCAAGCUCGAGGGUUGGAAUGCCCGAUUGACAAACGCAUGCUCCUAGAGCCCACAAAAACGCCGUGCUGCCAAAGAACUUACUGCAACGAUUGCAUUACGAAUGCUUUAAUAGAGAGCGAUUUCGUCUGUCCUGGGUGUGCGACUGAGGGAGUCUUACUUGAUAAUCUUUUCGUGGACGACGAGGCCGUCGCCAAGAUAAAGGCGUAUGAGACCGAAAAGGCAGAGUCCAAAAAGGAAAAGGAAAAACAACAGACUUCUCACGAAGAGCAGUCAGUUGCUGCAGAUGACCCCGCGGUUACGAUACCUGAAUCGACUUUACCCAGCCAAGGAGUAAAUGCAGAAUCGAAAAAAAGACCAGCCGAGGAUGAGCAUCCCAGCACGUCUACCGGAGAGUCCAUUGCCAACACUUCAAAGAAACACAAGACCGACAGCAUUCAAACGACAAGCGAGAAGUCCACUUCACAAACUCAAAAUCCUGCUGGAUCUACUACGAAUCCUUCCUUCAGCCAGCAGAUGUCUUUUCCCGGCCUCGGUUUCAUGCAGGCUUCCGGUAUUCCUGCAAUGCCGUUUCCUGACCCUGGAUUUGAGCCCAUUGGGUUUAUGAACAGCGCAAUGGGUUUGAAUCCGACCAGCAAUUUUCCGGCCCCUAUGGAUCAAGCAUGGAACCCUAUGAAUACUCUAGGCUUCAACACACUUUCAGCGGGGCCUUACAAUGACCAUGUCAGCGGUGCAAUGCACGGCGGAUAUGGCACAACUGGUAUGUACAAUGGCGUUGGGGAUACGCCGAACAACAUAUUUCCCGUGUCUACAAUGGUGGGACAUAAUCCAGGAUUCCCGCAGGGACCGGGAAUGGGUCAUUUCUCGAACCAGCAACGAACCACGUUCAGCACCCCGUAUGCGAGAGAAGAAGAUACGGCUUAUUUCCGCCAACCUGUCAAUCCGCAAAGACACCAGGCAAGACAUCGGAGGAUAAGACCUAGUGAUUACCGAGAGCUGUAAGUCUGACAGAAUCAUGUGGCGGUCUUCACAAACGGCUGUGCCGUGCGGGUGGCGGCGUAUUUCUUAUUUCCUGUACAACUUAUAUUCCUGUAACAUUUCGACUCUUUGCACGCAUGUCCUAGCAGGAAUACUUAAUCGGCCUAGUCACAACACGAUAGGAAAGCAUUCGCAUUUGGACUUAAUUUGACUAUUACGGUUGCUGCUGCUUUUUUCUGUAGUUAAUUGAGAAAACUAAGAAGGAAAUGAAGAGAUGACUAUCUCGUUAUUC